CAUGGUACAACUCUCAGAAUUUGUUUUCGAUUUCUUGAUGAACAAUCUUUGCAAGAAGAAGUCGACCGGUAAAYAACAACUACCAUGUCUGGCAGCAAACGAAAAAAAAGACCAUCUKCUGACUUCAAAAGAAUUAAAGCCAAAGUCGGAAAGAAAGCACAACGCCAGAAUGACACAGAUGUCUCUUUCCAGUCCGCAUCUCUUCACCUCGGACAAGCAAUCCAAGGAGAUGCUGAUCCUCAGAAGUCUCCUAAUUCGAUUCUUUUGUCUUCACGAGGGAAGUCWUUAUAUGAACUCGUAGCAACUGCAUCGUCGCACCCUGCCGCAGCCGCCCGCUGCAGUAGCUUAAAAGGAAUUCUUGAUAUUGUCAAAAGYCAUCCGCCAGGUGCUCUUCUACCGAACCUCUCGGCUCUGAUUCCAACAUGUGUCCACUCGUGCGUGGACGAAGACCAAGACACUCGAAGUGUUGCGAUUGAGGUUCUCUUGGCUCUUUUAUCACAAUUGCAAGAGAAAGCAAUCAAACCAUUCGGCAUUUUGUUGGUCGCUAGGGUAUCGUCAGCUUUGCACAGUUUAGAUGCUCCAACUCGGAUGGACGGGGUGAAGAUGGUUAAGUUGGUCAGCACCGCCUGCCCCAUUUUAACUGCUUCUAGUAUUGAUCAACUCAUGCCUCCAUUUGUAAGUCUUUUGGCUGAUAGCAGAACAAGAAAGUACAUUGAUGAUAUAUUGCAAUCCUUAACAUCGCUACUUCGAGUUUCAGUUGCAGAGGCUAAAUUCUCAGAUUCGGUGGUAUCCUACCAUAUUACACCAACUGGUCAUCCAUUUGGUAACAAGAAAGAAAACAUAGAUAGAGACCACUAUCCUGAUAUGAUUUACUUUUCGGGAGGGCGAUCUAGGAAUGCAAUUUUGAAAUCUGGUCGCCCGGUGCAUACUUUACCACGUGCGAUCGAAUCCGUUUCCCAACUCUCUGGUUUGGACCAGUCGACGUUGAGUUCUCGUGAUGGUCGGGAAGUGAAAUAUAAAACAAACUUGAUGGCGAAACUUCGUGAUAUUCUAAUCGAGUCAGUGAAUCUCGKAGAUGAACCAAAUCUACCGUCGACGAAUAGAAUGGCUAGGUCAUCAACGAUUGAACUCCUUGGAAAUAUAAACUAUUCAAGAAUAAUUUUACUACUCCGUUCGGUUCGACUUCUUCACAGGAGCUUUUCCACUGGGAAUGUAAGAUGUUUGGAUGAAGAUGAUGAUGAAACCGAUUUUGCUAAAUUUACACAGCAAAUCGUCUCAGUUUUGAUGGACAUAUUUCCUUUCGACCACGAUUUAUCAGAGAACAAUUCUGCUGCAGGCAACAAGCCGUCAAGCGUGGAUGACAUCAAUGCUACCAUUGCAAUUACUAUCUUAGAUUUAUCUUAUGAAGAUGGUGCAAACAGCACCCGAGGGGUAGACAACGCAAAAGAUCCAAUGAAAGCCAUUUAUUCAUACGUCAUUCCUCGCAUGAAUCGCCUUCAAGAUGAAACAUACAUGGAUUCGUCAUCAGAUUUGGACAUAACGUGCAAAUUUCUUCGUCACCUCUGCAUCGACCAUGGAUAUUCCAAGGAUUUAAUUUCUGUCAGUUUUACUUUACAGGAAUUGUUUUUCUCCAACUAUGACGCCAAAUUGGCUCGAUCAAACGCAGGUCGAAGAAUUUCUUUAGCAGUAAUGGAUUUGGUGGACUUGACCAAUUAUUCUUUGGAAGACCAUUCAACGUCACUAAUCUCGAAAAGUUUUGUUCCAUUCAUAACUGCUAUGCCAUUAUAUUUGGAAGCAUGGGGUGCGGACUUUGUAUACGAAAGUGAGAGGAUUCUCGAGGGACUUGCCACAUUGGUUAGAGAGGUCAAAGAAGAUUAUAAUAACCCGAUGCUAGAGUCUUUUCGUGCCAACUGGCAUAAUCUUGUGGUAGAUUCUAMCAAAUCACAAUCCAUCUUUGAAAUGUAUCCGUGGCACUUACAAAAAAAGUGGUUGGGAUUGUUGGUUCUUUUGAGAAAUCCUACCGAUCAAACCUUGCAAUAUCUAGCAUCAAUUUGCGCGCGCUCAAAAAAGUUAACAUUGUCAAAAAAAAUCAUUGAAGCUGUUCAAGGAGUUCGAAAGUCAGUUCCCAUGCAACGAUUUCUUACAUUCCUUUUGAAAAGUGCAGGAAUUACUCGCCACGUUAAGAAAGUUAAACAAUUCCAUGGMAAUUCAAAUUUGGAUUCGUCUUCAAUGAAUAUUUUUGACAAAACCUUUUUUGAAACAGACCAAAGCUUAGAUAGGACUGCCCGAGCGCUGACAGAACUAGGAUCUAUACAGGUAUUACGAAUGAUAUCAUCACAGCUAUCCUCAUGGCAAAAAGAAAUUAAAGCGGAGGAAGGAACGCUUUCGUUGGAGUUUCUUUCGAAGGCGCGUGCGAGCUAUAUUAUAUUGGCAUACUUUUUCCUGGUGCAUARCUCGAGGCAGAAGAACCAGAACCUGGAUGACCAGCACUCGAUUUUUGACGUUAUGAAUGGGGAGAUCACAGUCGAUUCACUCAAUGACUCUAUUUGCAGAUUCAUCCGUUGCAUUGUGAACAGCGAAGARGCGAUUGCGUUUCAUUCGAAGCUAACCUCUCCAAUCAUUGCAAUUCUGUCAUCUCACUAUGGCGUCUUCAGCGUUGUGAUUCGUAAAAUAUCCGAUUGGUUCGAAAAUGAGGAACUGUCAAARUUUGAGCAAAACAACGUUGUACUAGUUUUGGUUGGAUGGAUGAAAAAUCCGCUUYUGAAAGACGCACUGAAACGACAAUCUUCAACAACAGCUAGGAYGUUGGAAGAUAUUGACGCGAUCAGCCAAAAUCGGGCUCUCAAAGACAACGAGCUUGCUCAAUCUUUGGUUCCAUUGUUGAAAGCAGUGUCUAGACUAAGUUAAGUAAUUAGCAUCACUGCUGCGAUUCUUCAGAUUUUUUUCUCGUACUUUACCUCCGAUAUAACAGGGAAUCAUAGAUUUCUUGCUCUGUUGUGUUUGCACAAUGUGGCCAUAUAAUUUAAGUUUAAUUUAAAUGURUGCGUAUCCGUUACGUAUUUAAAGCUUGUCAAGGUAUUGGCUGAGCUCUGGAACUCCGUCCUUAAGACCCUUGCGUUUUCUGACGGAGACAACAGUCUCGUUACACUUAGUUCCUGCAUCGUGAGGGGAUCCGGACAUUGGCUCCCAGUGAUCGAAACUCAUCUGGGGGAAGGCCUUUCCUCCUGUGUGCGAGCGAAGAUCGGCUGUGAAACCAAAMGAUUCCAAAACAGGCAAGUAUGCCAAAAGAGUAACCUGAGGGGUUCCUGGCUUUUGGUCUUCACUGAAGACGUGACCACGACGACGGGUCAAAACACCGUACACGUUACCCAUGGCGUCUUGAGGAACAGAGAUGUUAGCCAAGAAGACAGGCUCGAGAAGACAAGGUUCUCCCGAAAGCAUCGACGAGAAGAUGACACGUCGAGAGGUAGGCAUGAGCUGUCCCAUACCACGAUGGAUAGCAUCAGCGUGAAGGACGACAUCCAUGAGGUUGAAACGGCAACCUCGCAAUUGUUCCUCACAAAGAGGUCCAGCUCCACAGGCCCAGUUGAAUCCAGCAACAACGGAUUCCUUGAUCUCCAAAAGGUAAUUGACUCCCUUGGUGRYGUCGACGUAUGUGUUAGGACCGUUCUGGUCAGGUCCGAAUGCCCAGAUCUUUCUGGCUUCUGUAACAUCCCACUCGUACUCGUCGGCGAGUUGACGACCGAGAGUCUUCGCAUCAGCUUGAGUGUUGACGRCACCGUCCUCAAUGGCGAUACAGAGCUCGGGAGACAUGGGUUCUGCUUCGAGGAAAAGACGAUUGUGCUUGUUGGCGGACUUGGCCAGACAGGUGACACUGGACUUGGCUUGAACAGUCUCACGGUACGAGACAACAGGAUCAGAGACCUUGACCUCAGUUCCCAUGAAAUCGUUUUGGAGAUCCUGCAAACAAAUUUCCAAGUGAAGUUCUCCAGAUGCAGCAAUGAUGUGUUCUCCUGAUUCCCCGACACUGCAGACAACCAUGGGAUCGGACUUUGCAAGACGCUUCAUACCUUCGACCAACUUGGGAAGAUCGGCAGAGUUCUUGGGUUCGACGGCGCAGCGGACAACAGGGGAAACAGAGAACUUCAUGGUCUUGAURCAGUGGGCAUCAUCAGCAGUUGCAAUGGUUCCAGACUUCAACAAGUACUGGUCAACUCCUACCAAGGCGCAGGUGUUUCCAGCGGGGACAUCAGMAACCUGUUCGGUGUAUUUACCCAUCAUGAUAACAGUACGUUGGAUGUUCUUGACCCACAGCUCGGUCUUCUUUCCAGCGACGUAGUUAGGACCCAUGAUUCGGACCUUUUGGCCGGUGGCRAUCUUUCCAGAGAAGACACGUCCGAASGCAUAGAAACGACCCUUAUCAGACGUAGGRAUCAUCUUGGAGAUGUACAUGCACAUAGGGGCACCCUCGGAAGUAUCGCAAGUGCGGAUCGCGGUGGCUGUCUGAUCAUCCAAAGGACCGUCGUAAAGGAAAUCGACACGAUAAGAUUGAGCCUUCACAGGAGAAGGAAGGUGGAGUACAAUCAUCUCCAAGACAGUGUCACCGGCAGGGAGCCACUUUUGCAUAACACGCUUCAACAAUUGCUUUCCGGUGUACUCCUUUUCUUCACCCUUAAGUUCGACACCGAUAGCCUUCAACAUCUUCUUGACCUUUCCGUGCUUCUCGGCCAUGAUGGCUUCGAAGAGAGUAGUGAUAGGRKWRGCGAUGAAUUGACAGAACGCACGUUCAAGGGUGCCUCCUUUGUCACUGGUGGUCCAAACGGAUCGUCCAGCAUCGAAGUACCAAUCACCCCAAAGCUUUGUGAUCAUCUUUUCUUCAGGAACAUUGAACUUYGCUCCGUAAGUCUUGGCAAACUUCUUCAAAGUGAAAGCCCAUUGGUGGAGACCAGAACCGAAGGCAACAGUUCCCUUCGUUGGRUCAACCUGGACAUCUCCGAGUGCUUCAUCGUUGUAAGUGGCGACGAUCACAUUAACGGACUCAAUGGCACGACAGAAAGCUUGGUAGAGUUCUUCCSCAGGCAAUUGAAGUUCGAGAAGGGCACGAUCGACCUUGUUGACCAUCAGRACGGGCUUGACACGUUCAGAAAGAGAUUGGCGAAGCACGGUUUCGGUUUGAACGCACACGCCAUCAAUAGUAUCGACAACAACCAAGGCACCAUCGGUGACACGAAGGGCGGCGGUGACUUCAGACGAGAAAUCAACGUGACCAGGCGAGUCAAUAAGGUUGAUAAGGUAGGAGUUUUCAGAAAUGUUGACGUUCGCCUCGGCAUCUUUCUUGUCGGCAAUAUCCUGCGCAAUUUUUGCGGCUUCCUCUUCGGAGAGUCCGGCGGCUUCUCCUGCCUUCAUGUCGUACUCGAAAAACAUGGAAAUACCAGUCGACUUAAUGGUGAURCCACGCUCAGCUUCAUCGGCACGGGUGUCGGUGUAUCUGGCACCWCCGGCGGCUUUGGCGGAAAUAAUUCCAGCCUUUUGGA